AUGUCGCUCUUUCGUCAGUCCAGGUCCCAGCCUCGCUGGACAGGCAUCACGUUCUCUGCUCUGCUUGCCGCGAGCUCUGUCACCAAUGCCUUCGUUAUCCCCCGCCAGAUCCAGCCAUCCCAGCUGCUGAAGAGUUAUGACUAUGUCGUCGUGGGAGGUGGUACCGCAGGUCUGACUGUGGCAGAUCGUCUCACUGAGGACCCCGAUGUCAACGUCCUGGUCCUCGAGGCCGGUGGAUGGGGUGACAUGGAUUUCAACCUCAAGGUCAACUUUGCGACCAGAGAGGGGGACGCCUCAGCCACGUACUGGCCUGGCCUUCAGUCUGUGCCACAACCUGGCCUGGAUGGCAAGCCUGGCACCGUCCUCAUUGCGAGACAAGUCGGAGGCGGCUCGUCCGUGAACGCGAUGGUAAACAUGCGUGGCUCUGCCGAGGAUUACGACCGAUGGCAAACAUUGUUCGGGUCUGAGGCUCAGGAAGGCACAGCUGACUGGAGCUGGGACGGCAUCCUGCCGUACUUCAAGAAGGGUCUGCACUUUACCGAGCCACCGCCAGAGCUCACUGAGAACUUUGACACUGUCAAGUAUGAUCCCUCUUACUGGGGUGACUCCUCGGAGAUCUACGCAGGCUGGCCCAGGUUCUACUACCCAGGUGUGAAACCCCUGGUGGAAGCAUUCAAGGAGCUUGACGGCAUUGAGUUCCCACCAGACAGCGGUGCCGGAAAGGCUGGCGUGUUCUGGUUCCCUACCCUCCAGGAUCCCCGAACUGUCACUCGCUCCUACGCUGGCACAGGUCACCAUCUGAACGUUAACGCCACCCGACCAAACUACCAUCUUUUGAUCAACACCCUGGCCAGCAGACUCAUUGUGGACGACGACCUGUCUGCUACUGGAGUCGAGUUCAAGUCGGGUAACAGCACCCUUGUGACCGUCAAGGCAGACAAGGAAGUCAUUGUGUCUGCUGGUACAGUCCAUACCCCCCAGCUGUUGCAGCUGAGCGGUAUCGGGCCCAGGAACAUUCUCGAGGAGGGCGGUAUUGACGUGCUUGUGGAUCUCCCCGGUGUUGGUCAGAACUUCCAGGACCACAGCAGUCUGGCUACCAUGAACAUCACACUCUCCAAGAUCACGGAUAUCCACCCCAACCCCAGCGACCUUGUGGAUGGCAACGAGUUCAAGGACUGGGCCGAGGAAGUGUGGGCCGCCAACAAGACCGGCCCCUACACCAUCGCCCUCAGCAACCUGGCCGGCUGGCUCCCCCUGACCGCCGUGUCUGACAAGGCCGAGGAGCUCGCCACCAAGCUGGAGCAGCAGGACUUCGCCAGCCUCCUGCCCGCCGACGCCGACACCACCGUCGUCGCCGGCUACGAGGCGCAGAUGAAGCUCCUGGCCGCGCAGAUGCGCUCCAAGGACACGGCCUUCACCCGCGUCAUGCUGCAGCCCGAGCAGGGCUCCCAGGGCCCCGUGGCGAUGCAGUCCUUCAGCCGCGGCAGCAUCAACAUCAACACGACCGACCCCUGGAACACGGAGCCCGUCAUCGACUACCGCGCCCUGACCAACCCCGUCGAGGUCGACUUCUUCGUCGAGGGCAUCAAGUUCGUCCGCCGCUACAACUUCGAGACCUCCCUCGCCGACAAGUUCGCCCCCGUCGAGUACAGCCCGGGUUCCAACGUCACCUCGGACGCGGACCUCAAGGCCUACGUCGCCAGCACCCUGUCGCCGACCGACUACCACCCCGUCGGCACGUCCGCGAUGAUGCCGCUGGAGCUGGGCGGUGUCGUCGACCAGACGCUUCGCGUGUACGGUGUCAAGAACCUGCGGGUUGUUGACGCCAGCGUCAUGCCCAUGGUUCCCAGCGCCAACACUUGCCAGCCUACCUACGCCCUGGCCGAGAAGGCUGCGGAGAUCAUCAAGCAAGGCAUCUAA